CCUUGAAGAGCUUUGUUUGCUUCACUUAUAGUGGUGCGUUCACGGAUUGAGGCUAAAAAGCUCUGUUUUAUGGGCUUUUUCUUCCGUGUGACUUGCACAAUCCUCUAUACACCUCGCUAGACUCACGUACCAGUCAUUCCUUAGGCCACUUUGAGACAAAAUGCCUCCUGUUCCAAGACUACAUCAAAAGCCAAAGUUACGUCUACAUCUGGAUGACCUUACACAUCCUGCUACCCAAGUCACAAACUCGUCCCUCGAUGGGGGUCUUUACUUGGCUCGUGCGGUUGAUCAUGUCUUAACCCACUUAUUUGACCCUUAUGGUCUGGACGAGAUCCAUCAGGUCCGCUCAGUCACUGUCAUCUUGCGCGAGAUGGGCGGAGUUGCCUACACCACAGGCCUCGCAUUGGACGAUCUCCACAAGGAAAUCCACGUAUCACUUGACUACAUUCAAGGUGUUUUGGCGCGGAAUUCCUCUGGGCUUCGACAUGAGGUAGCAGGUGUCAUCACUCAUGAAAUGGUCCAUUGCUUCCAAAACAACGGCCAUGGCACAGCGCCAGGCGGGCUGAUUGAAGGAAUUGCGGACUUUGUCAGGCUCAAGGCGGGUCUAGCGCCACCUCAUUGGGAUAAAUCGCCAAAAGGCCGAGGGGAGAAAUGGGAUGAAGGGUACCAAAGGACUGCAUGGUUUCUGGAAUGGCUGGAGGACAAGAAGGGUGCAGGGACUGUCAGCCGACUCAAUGCGGCACUGCGCCACGAAAAGUAUGACGAAAAGAAGUUUUGGUUCGAUUUAUUUGGAGCCUCGAUUGACAAAUUAUGGGAUCAGUACAAGGCCACCUGGACACUCAGCGGCGAUGAUGCUGCGCUUACGUUUGAUUGACAGCGUGCCUCGUGACGAGCGGGUCUUGGAAUGGGCUUUGAAUUGGUUGGGAGCUAGGAGCAUAUAUUUUGCAGGCAAACUAGUGGUCAAUAUGGGUGGAGAGCCUACGAUUUCUUGGUUACCAAAGAGACCAUUUUCGACCAAAACUCUACGAUGAAUAUCAAUCACCUGUGGCAAAUCUUCGUAUAGGUCAGCGAUAGGAUCCCAAAUUUUGGUCAAAGGGAAGGUCAUGAUGUGAUUGGGUUCAGUAAAAAAUUAGAGUGUUGUUGCGUAGUUUUCUUCUUCAAGGAACGAAGUUCUCCGUGUUAAAAAUGGAUCAUCAUUUGAGGGGCAGUUUUGAA